AUGGAGGCUCGACUUCCUGGCGAGAAGAUCGAGUACCUCCACAAGCUCUUGAACUCCUGGACGCAUCGCACCCACGCUCGGCUCCAGGAGGUACAAGAGUUGACGGGCUUCCUCCAAUUCGCGUCUCAAGUCAUCCCCACAGCCCGUGCAUUCCUGCGCGGCUUGUACAACUUCCAGAAUGAGUUUUUGACUCCAUUCUCCCGGCGGCGCAUUCCUAAAUGUGCUCGCCGGGAUCUCGCAUGGUGGUUGGCAUUCUCAGCUGAUUGGAAUGGCAUCCGUUUCUUCGCACCGCACCGGCCUGUCAUUCACAUCUACACUGACGCCAGCGGCACCAAGGGCCUGGGGGGACACUUUGGUGCUCGCUGGUUUGCAGCCCAUUUCCCUCAUCGACUUCUCUCCGAACACAUCCAAGUCAAGGAGAUGUUGGCCGUUGUUCACGCGGUCCUCUGCUGGGGCGAGGAUUUCCGUGGUUCUCACGUCGUUUUCCACAUUGACAAUGAAGCUGUCCAUGCCACUCUUAACUCUUUUUCCAUUCGGAACGUGCCAACGAUGGAACUGUUCCGUCACUUCCUCGCGCUCUCGUGCCGGCUCGACUUUUCCUUCUCUUCCGUUUGGCUCUCUUCCAAAGAUAAUUCAAUUGCUGACGCCGCUUCCCGUUUCUCUUUCACCCAUUGGUGGUACAGCCAACAUGGCGGCUAUCCCCAAGCCAUCGCAUUUUACCUUUGGCACGGUCUCGCACCCGGAACUCGACGCACAUACGCAACCGGGCAAAAAUCCUUCAUUAAUCACUGCAAGCUCUAUUCCAUCUACAAUGACGAUGGCAACAUCCUCCCAGCCUCCCUUCCCGCACUCAUGUCAUGGGUUUCCAUUGGUCUCGCAGGACGAGUGCAGCCCAAGACGAUCAAGCAGUACAUUUCUCACAUCCGCUCCCUUCAUGUCGACGCUGACCUACCCUUCUCUUCAUGCGAGUCACCAAUCCUCCAACGGCUCAUCCGCGGAAUCAAGCGAUUCCACGGUGAACGCGACCGGAAGCCCGUCCAGCCAAUCACCCUCCCCAUCCUCACUGCCAUGCUCGCACAACUCCAACCCGGAAUCACUCCCGGACACACCACCCUCCAUGCCGCCUUCACCCUUGCAUAUGCAGGGUUCCUUCGCUCCGGCGAAAUCACUGCGGGAUCCGGCUCGGGAAACGCCAGUCUCAACCUCAAACGCAGCAACGUCGAAUUCCUCCCUAAUUUCGACGAUUGCACCCACAUCCAGCUCACCCUCCCUGCUUCCAAAACAGACCCCUUUCGCAAAGGAGUCACCGUGUCCAUCGCAGCAGCUCCCGGUCGAUCGACUUGCCCCGCCGCAGCCCUUAAACGCAUGUUCACUGAGUUUCCUUGCUCAGACAACGCUCCCCUCUUCGAAGGCCUCGACGGCAAACCUCUGCAAUACAAGGCAUUUGUAUCCGGGCUCCGAGGCGCACUCGAUAGGGCAGGAAUCAAGUCGGACGACUUCGCUGGACACAGUUUUCGGCGUGGGGCUGCUUCGGAAGCAGCCGCUGCGGGCUUCAGCGACUACGAAAUCCAGAUGCUAGGCCGAUGGAGAAGCGACUGCUACAAACUGUACAUCGAAAACUCACUGUCGCGCAUCCUCUCCCUCUCCAAAAACCUCCACAUGGCCCAUCCUCACUCCAUCCCUUACACACCUCCGGCAUUUCGGGACUACGCACCAAUGGCUUGA